CUCCAGUGUGACAAGAGAGAACAUUUCUGCAGCAAAUAAUGGAAAUAACAGAACUUUAUCAAUAGAGCCAUAGAAGCCACGGAAGAUCGACCCUUCCAGUUACUUUUCAAAAGAAAAACUUAUUACAUAUUUUUUUGAUCAUAUCUGCAGAAAAUACUUCAAACUAAGCUGGUUAUCAGAUGUCACACUGAUAAGUCAAUCAAUGUCAAGAGAUAAACAAUUGCACUAGUAAUCACCUGCAAAAUUUGGCACCUCUUUCGGCCUAAUCAUAUCAGUCGCGAAUGGAUUAUCAAAAAUGGUUGUCACAGAAUUUUUGUACACAAUAGGUACUCUUUUCUUGGCUGGAAUUUUUACUUUUGUCUUGAUUCCUGUCAAAAAUGAAGAUCCAAUAUUCGGUGUGUACAAACAACCUGGAAAGUGGUACUGGGCAAAAUACUUGGGCAUCUAUCUGAUGUUAAAAACUCGUCAAAUAUUGGGUUAUAUCGAUCGUAAAAGAAGCCACAGAACUGGAUAUGGAUUGAAAUCGCGAUCGACAAUAGAAGAAAUGGAUAUGCCUCAAAUACUAUCACCCCAUCCGAAGGCAUUUGAUGCUGUCUUUUUCAUGGGUGUCAGUAAAGAUGGUUUCUAUAUGAUCGGUGGAACUGAAAGGCGCCAGGAUGGUGUAGUCAAUGGCUUAUUUUAUCUUCUGGUACCAGGAGUAGGAUUAUUUCGUAGUGAAAAGCUUCCCAAUACUCUUUUAAAUGGAACUGAAGAAAAAGUUUUUGCAGCAGAAGGCAUUCGAUUCACGCCCAUUGAACCCAUGAAAGAAUGGAAAGUUGAAUUUGACGGAAAAAUGAACUACACACCGGUUUUGAAACCAAAUGAUGGAAGUUCUACAAUUUGCAAAUCCAAAGUUGCUCAAGUCGUAUUUCAUGGGGAAUGGAAAAGCGAUUUGGCGUAUUUCGACUUCGACACGGAUAUGGCAACAGAGACGACCUGUAGGGCUUUGGCUCGAGAAGAUUGGACCAAAGAGUAUUUCAACAACCUCCGAGAAGCUCACCAGACUCACUAUGAGCAAAUGGGCAGGAUAAAUGCUAAAUUGUCGAUCGACGGAAAGCCCUACGAGUUUAAUGGUCAGGCAUUUCGUGAUCACAGUUAUGGAUUAAAGCGAGACUGGAAAUUGAUGCACAGAUACAUUUUUCACAUGCUCUUUCUGGAAGAUGGAACAAUGGCAUCCAUCGGCAUGAUUAGCCAACCCUGCACGUGUUCAAGGUUGGAAGCAGGUUGUGUCUAUGAACCCGAUGGUUCAUUGCAUGCUGUGGAAAAAUGUGAUUUAGAGUUAUAUCAACAUGGCGAACAUGGCACACCACCGAGGGAUUAUGCCUUUACAAUUGAAGCAGGAAAUAAAACGUACAACGUGCAGAUUGACGUAGUAGAGGAAGCGAUUCAUUUUGUAGGGAACAAUGAGGAUGCAAGGAUGGUUGAACGUUUCAUAAAAUAUCAGGUGAAUGGCAAAAUCAACGGGAGAGGUAUCUCCGAAUUUCAUUAUAACAACGAAAAUUAUCAACGUUUGCAAAGAGCUAACAACCCGAGUCCUAGUUUGUAAACUGUGCGCAGGGCUCAUUAUGCUGCUAUUCAGAAAAUCAUGGUACGAGAAAAUUUAAUUGGUAUUUUUUAAAGCGAGUGUAACCACUGGACAUUAUUUAACAAACUUUAUGACACACUCGAUUUAAUAUAGCCGAUUCUCGAAAUUAUCAAAUUAACCAUAUCAAAUAAUAUUAUCACACGGUAAUUUAAUUUAUUAUGUAUGAAUAAAUCCUGAAGAGCAUAGUUGGGAAUAAGUAUUGGCAGUAUUGUACAAUAAAAGAGAAAUAUAGAAUAAUUUAA